AAAAAAACACGACAACAACAAAAGACAAAACAUAAAAAAGGUAAAACUAAAUACAACAACAACAACAAAAUAAUAAUGUAGCUGUAGCAAUACCAGUGUGAUUGUAUUACUUGAUAGUAGAUUUGUAAUGUAUAUGCAACAAUAAAUACAUCUAAUGUAAUCUGAACAUAUUUGUGCGGUAGUGAUAGCGCGCCAUCACCACCACACGCACGCCAUAGACAAAACCACAUACGAAACAUACAACACACCAUGCCGUCAUACCACACAGAUACACACUCCUAACGAAUACGGAAAAUCAAAACUUUUAUAGUAGUAUAUAUGCGAAUGCAACCCUGUUCUUGUAACACACGUAGUCUCGUAGUGGGUAGUAUGUAUUUGAGCCUGUAGCAGUUACGAUACCGUUAGCGACUAGGACACACUAGUAGAGCUGUAUGUAGUUCAUAGAUCGGUGUGUUGGUGAGAGCAAUUGGAUACUAAGCUUGUUUUUUUCUAUCGCGCAUACCACACCCAAGCAUGAAAUAAACGUCAACAAGCUGUCAAACGUCAAGCUGAAAACGGAAAAUCAUAUAAACAACAAAUAUCAACAUCCAAACCGUGGGACAGUUGAAAUCCCUAACCAUAAUGAAAUAGAUAGAAACAUCUCUCUUCAAACGUACAAUAAUCGCACUUUUAUAAUGUUUGACAAACACCCCUAAGAUCCAUUUCUUUUACGAGAGCUUUAAGCUUUUCUAGUGAACUCUUGCUAACAAAACGAAAACGAAGACGAAGAAAAAAAAACUAUAAAAAGAAGAAACAGAGAUGACGUUCUUAGAACAAGUGGUACAUCAUGGCAAUACUCAUCAUUGUAAGGCUCUAUUAGUAUAACAUAAUCACUAACUGAACUGUGUGUAGAGUAGUUGUAUCCUUGUAUCCCAGCUAUUUUUAUAUAUAACACACACAUACAUACACACCUAAACCCAUCACAACCACUGUGGUGUGUCCCGUUGUCAUGAUUUUAGUUACAAAUCUUUGUUUUAGUACACUCUCUUUUAGUACAUUUAUGUUUUGCUUACAAUAUUUAGUUUAUAAGUACUUUUAGUUUUAUCAGUUCUUACCAAUCGUGAUGAUACUGACACGAAAAGGUAGAAUGUCAUAUGAAAAACAGAAAGCAAGUAAAAUUUGCUAUAUAAAACACACAACACACACACACAUCAUACACGUGCGUGUCAAAAUUAGUACCAACGUUCUCUCAAAACUAAAGCUUGUAGAUGUUGUUGUGUUCGACUGUAGUUUUAGUUGUGAGUGUUAUUGCAACAGUAUGACCGCAAAACGCUCCUUUCCUUCUUAUCUAUAUUUUCAUACCGACACCCACACAACCACACACACAGAUACAAACACAACUGUGUAUUAGAGUAGAGACAUGUAUACUAGAGUGUACUCUAUCUGGAUAUAUAUCUAUCAACUUGAUUUUAGACCGUAGAACGUUUAGUUUGACCUCUUUCCCCCAUACCUCCCCUCUUACGUAGAAUUGGUUGUUGAUGGUACCAUGCUAUCCCAUGUAAGCUCGUUUUGUGUAGUAUUACUUGUAAAGCAAAGCAAAACAAAUAAAAUAUAUACUCCCAUCGCCACGUUCGUGCGGAUGGUUCAUAAACAUCAUGGAAAUAAAGUAUUAGUAGCAUAUAUAAGCGUAUGCAGUUUCUUUGUUUUAGUUCAUCCAGUUGCCUUUACCGUAGACAGCACCCAAAGGGUAUGGAAUGAAAUAAUUGUCCACUCUUUCCUAGAAUUAAUUUCCCGUUCUUUUCUUUUUGUUGUAAAUAGAAAGAAUAUGACGUGGUUGCAAAAUGCAUUCUUUUCCCUUUUCAUGGGUAGCGUCCGUAGAGCUCCAUCGGCACAAUCAUUGUAAAACGAACAGCUUGCUUGUCCGUAACACACAUAUUGGUGUGUUUUAGAACAUCGUUUUUAGUACAAGUAGUCACUUAUAUGCCGAAACUAAAAAAGAAGCAUUUGUUCAUCCGGUGCUGAUGGGUUUUUACUUUCAAAAUGUCUGCUUGCGCGUAGAAAAAUACUAUUGCUGUACAAAUAUGUAAAUAGCGCUUAGAGUGUUGUUGUUUGGAAUGGUAAGUAAACAAGACUUAGAGUUCAACGAUUGUAUGAUAUCUUGCAUAUCCGUGGUAGUAUAUCGAUUUACACUCGACAUUGCUUCGAUCGUUUUUUCUUCUAGUUUCAAUUUCAGAAUCAGCCAAAACCCCAGCAAAAAACCUCGGGCAACUAAAUUUCGUUAACUUUUCUCUUAAAUUAUUAAGUUUAGCAAAUUUAAAUGUAACAUGAAACGUCGCUUUUAACGCAAAUGAACUAAUACACGCUUUCGAAACAAUCCCUCUCCCCAAUCACCAAAACCCCGGCUCAUGGCACAGUAUCGCACACGGUACAGGAUUUGGUGUUCAUCUGGAACAUGACCGACCCGCUGGUGGUGAACCCGGAAAUCGAGCUGCCCCAGCUGGACAUCAGCAACAACUACACCACCGACUGUACGAUCGAGUACUCGACCGGUAACUUCACCUGUCUGGCGGUGGUGUUCAACCUGAGACGGCGGCUGGGCUACCAUCUGUUCCACACCUACAUCCCGUCCGCGCUGAUCGUCGUCAUGUCGUGGAUAUCGUUCUGGAUCAAACCGGAGGCCAUCCCGGCACGGGUAACACUUGGCGUCACCUCGCUACUAACGUUAGCCACACAAAACACCCAAUCGCAACAAUCGCUACCGCCGGUAUCGUACGUGAAGGCCAUCGACGUCUGGAUGUCGUCCUGCUCCGUGUUUGUGUUUCUGUCGCUGAUGGAGUUCGCGGUGGUCAACAACUACAUGGGCCCGGUGGCGACCAAAGCGAUGAAGGGCUAUUCGGACGAGGACCUGUCGGAGGCGAUCGACUUUAACAAGAACGGCUACAACAAGGACCACCGCUCGUCGGAGGUACCGCGGUACGAUACGUUCUGCCACGGGCGGGAAACGGCCCUCUGCAUCGACAAGUUUUCCCGCUUCUUUUUCCCCUUCUCGUUCUUCAUACUGAACGUUACCUACUGGACCACGUUCCUGUAGGAGGGGACGGGGGGAGGGGCUCCCCUCAGGCAACAACAGAAAUUUGCCCAUGGAGCUGCUGCUGAAGAAAGCAUUGAAGGUAUCAUCCAGCAUCCCGCAAAUGACAUUAGAUGAGAUACCGUACACUAGGAACAUAGUAGCUGUAAGAUACUGGCACCAUCGGAUUGGCCGAUCGGUCACUAGGCGUAAGCGACACAUAUAACAAAGUAAAUAAAGUAGUUCUCCUCCAUUAAUCCGAUGAAAAUUAAA